AUGAUGACCUCGCGCAUCGCAUCCGCCGCCCUCCGCGCCGCCUCGACCAGAGCGAUCCCUGCCAGGAUCCCUGCUCUCUCGAUGGCCCGUUCUUCCUUCCACUCCUCCGCCAUGGCCCGCAGCGCCACUGGACCCAGGAUCCACGAGUUGGCCAAGUCCGACGUCAAAACUACUGUCACAGCCAUGCACGAGUACGGCAAAUACCUGACCUCGGUCCUCCCUAAAUUCAUUCAACAGUUCUCUGUCUACAAGGAUGAGCUUACCAUCUACGUCGCACCCAACGCAAUCUUGCCCGUCAUGGAGUUCUUGCGCGACCACACUAACGCCCAGUUCAAGCAGGUCAUGGAUGUCUGUGGAGUUGACUACCCCUCGCGCCCCAACCGCUUCGAGGUCGUCUACAACUGCCUCUCGAUUCGCUUCAACGGCCGCAUUCGUGUCAAGACCUACGCCAACGAGGUCUCGCCCGUCCCCUCUUUGACCGGUCUCUUCAACUCUGUCAACUGGUUCGAGCGUGAGGCUUGGGACAUGUACGGAAUCUUCUUCACUGGACACCCUGAUCUCCGUCGCAUCUUGACCGAUUAUGGAUUCGAGGGUCACCCUCUCAGGAAAGACUUCCCCUUGACCGGUUACGUCGAGGUCAGAUAUGAUGAUGAGAAGAAGCGCGUCGUUGUCGAACCCGUCGAGUUGGCACAGGCUUUCCGUAACUUUGAGGGCGCUGCCUCUCCCUGGGAGCAGGUUGGACCUGGUCGUGAUGACAAGCCCGCCCUUCCCGAACCCGAAACCCCCAAGGCCUAA